AUGGCAAAACAAUCGCAUCAUCACGAAGAGGUGGAUUAUGGCUCGGCGUUGGAUAGAACAACUUCGCCGCUUGAGGAGGAGAAGAAUCACAAUAAUAAUACUAUGAAUGAUGAAGAAGAAAAACACUUGUCGAGUAAUGCAUCGGCGUUGAUUAAUAUUAUUAAAGCAAAUAUUGGAUCGGGUAUUUUGGGUAUGCCCUAUGCAUUUCGUUGUGCUGGAUAUUGGCUUGGAACAUUUAGUAUUGUGAUUAUCAUGUUGAUUGUUGUGCAUUGUACGAUUUUAUUGGUCGAUAGUAAGAGGUAUUUGAAUAAGAUUAUAAAGAAGAAACGAAGGAAUGGUGAUGAUUCGGAAAAGGAAUUGGCCACAUUUAAUGAUUUGGGUUAUGCUGCUUUUGGAAGAUUUGCUACAGUGAUUAUUACCUUCUUUUUAUUUGUAACACAAUUGGGAUUUUGUUGUGCUGUAGGUUGGAAGGCUUUAUUUAUUUUCUUGACAGGUUUGGCUGUAUUUCCAUUCUCUUGCAUUCGUAAUUUGAAAUACUUGUCACCUGUGAGUAUCAUUUCUGAAAUUUUGAUUACACUCGGUGUGGGUAUUGUUCUCUAUUUUGCAAUUUUCAAAUUGGCUACUGAGCCAUUCCCUGGCUUGUAUAGAAAUUUACAACCAUACAAUAUUGAACAAUUCCCAACAUUUUUUGGUAUUUGUUUAUUUGCUUUUGAAGGAGUAGGACUUGUCUUACCAAUUGAAACAAACAUGAGAAAUAAGAAGGCAUAUCCAAUGUUAUUAUUCGUUGGUAUGAUUAUCAUUUGUGCUGCCAUGACAUUGCUUGGUAUUGUUGGUUAUUUGAGUUAUGGUAUGGGAGUUAACAGUUUAAUUACAUUCAAUUUGCCAACAACUGGUGCUCUUCCUCUUGUCAUCAAAAUUUUCCUCAUGAUUUCUCUCGUUUUCACGUAUCCAAUUCAAUUGUUCCCUCUCUCACAAAUGUUAGACAAUGCUUUGCAAGGAGUAAUCAAGAAAAUUAAGGAGAGAAGAAAUCCAGAAGAAAACGAAACACUCGUUUCUCACGAUUUAAAUCAAGAAGAAAACUCUAUCAAUCACAACAAAUCUCACAAUGAAAAUGUUAUGCAAAAAAAGGAAACUAAUAUCUUUAAAUUAUUGAUCAAGUCCUGCCUCUCACCAACAUUCCAUGCUGAAAAUGUUAUCAGAUUUACAAUGGUUAUGGCUACUGUUGCCUUCUCUGCAUUCAUUCCUUCAUUUGGUGACUUUUUGGGUUUGAUUGGUGGUUUUGGUGGUACUACAUUGGCCCUUGUAUUGCCAUGUUGCAUUCAUAUGAAGGUAAUGUGGAAACAUUUGAGUUGGAGUGUCAAGGCAAAGGACAUUAUUCUCAUUGUUUUUGGUUUGUUUGCAACGGUUUUUCCACAUAUAUUUCAUUUAGAGAUCUUGUUACCCAUUUAG